UCCAUCCCGCCUACCGGCGAAGAGAGGUCAAUCGCUCUCGACACAAUCCGUACCCUACAGAAAGCUCUAAAAGAGCAACUGCCACUGUUCUGCGCCCAGGCUGAGGGCGUCAUACGAGUCUGUCUUGGCUACCACUUUCUCUGGGCCUCAAGUCUUUUUGACCAGGCCUGGACGGAACUGCACAAUUUAUGCUCUUUUGUGAGUCUAAUCGCCAGCAUGGUAGUUGAAGCACUCUUACUUGCUCAAGAGCUUCUCUGA